AUGAAGAACCUUAUCAGUAUACAAUCUCAUGUCAGUCAUGGCUAUGUAGGCGGAAGGGCAGCCACUUUCCCCUUGCAGACGUUGGGGUGGGACGUGGACAAUAUAAACACCGUUAAUUUUUCAAAUCAUACUGGAUAUGGCCAAGUCAAAGGUGCAGCAAUUGAUGCAAAUCAACUAAACCAAUUAUUCCAAGGGUUGAUUAACAUUCAAAUCUUGGGUUCGUACAACGCCGCCAUCACCGGGUACAUCCCCAACGACGAGUUGAUUCAAGCCAUCACCAAAUAUGUUAAAAUGCUCAAGCAAAAUUCAGAUCUAUUAUACUUAUUAGAUCCAGUGAUGGGGGACCAGGGGUUCUUAUACGUUAAUGAAUCCUGUAUUCAGCAAUACAAGAGCUUGAUCACCGAAAACAUCGUCGACAUAAUCACUCCCAAUCAAUUUGAAUUAGAACUCUUAUGUGACUUUAAAAUUAAUAAUAAAAGUGACCUCAUCAACGGGAUUAACUGCUUAUCCAAUAUAAAAUACGUCAUCAUUACCAGUCUAUACGAUAACCUCAACCUUUUCCCCAAUGAGAAAGACCUACUCUACGUUGCUUUCAGAGAAAAUAAUCAAAUUAAACUUUUCAAAAUCCCAGUCAUAAAAUCCUACUUCACCGGCGUAGGCGACUUAUUCUCGGCUUUACUAAUCGAUAAAAUCUACUCGAAUGCCAGCUUGCCCAACUGCUUGGAAAUAUCAAUCAACCAAGCUCUCACCAUUAUGUCAAACGUUCUUCAAUUGACUCACAAAUUGGGGAUGGAGGCCUAUUGCAAUGCCCACAACUUACCACUCACCUACGACUCUUCACUCAUCCAAAGCCAAAUCAACGACGCCGACACCAUGAGGUUCUUUGAAUUGAAACUCAUCCAGUCUAAACCCUUUUUUGAAUACCCCGGUCCUGGAGUAUUCAAAUGCUAUAACUUACCCUAA